AUGGACACAGUGUUGAAAACUCUGCACGAAUUUGAGGGAUACGAGAUUCAUCAAGUACCCCGCAAGCAAAAUGCAGACGUUGACAUGCUUUCCAAGUUAAGCACCGAAAUCCCCAAUCACAUACGCAAGAUUGCCCGGUUUGAAGAUUUGGAGACUUCAAGUAUUGAUGUCUCGUGGGUUUGCCCUGUGCAAACUAGAGAACCAUGCUGGAUCGACCACAUGAGGAGAUACAAAAUGGACGGCACUUUACCCGUGGAUGAAGAGGACGCCAAGUUAAUAAAGUUGCGAGCACCGAGCUAUGCCAUCAUAGACAAUAAAUUGUAUAAGUGGUCGUAUAAUGGCACACUUUUGAAGUGUGUGUACCCGGAUGAGGCGGAAUUGAUGAUGAGAGAAGUCCACAAAGGAGUGUGCUCCACGCACUAG